AUGGACGAAGAACAGGAGUCCAUCAACUCGUAUAACUCCGAGGAGUCGUACACACAGGUGCCCCAGACGUACGUGCCGCCCUCCGAGUCCGGCUCCGGCGCUGCGGGCACCGGCAACCGCCGCGCCAGCGGCGGCUCCUCCGGCGCCGACUCCGCGCAGCGGCUGCGCCUGGUGCCUACCGAGACAGUGAAGUCGCUGCAGGACAUCGGCAUGUCGCAGCAGGCGCCGCUCCCAGACGUGAACGCACCGGCCGCGUCGCAGGGCGCCAUCUUCCCCGAGGAGUACACGCUAGAAACGCCCACAGGGCUCGUGCCUGUCGCGACGCUGCACAGUCUGGGCCGUACCGCGACCGCGAUCUCGCGCUCGCGGACGCGCCAGCUGGACCGCAACGAGUCUGUGACGUCGUCGCUGCGCGGCGAGAAGGACGCCGACGCCGAAGACGAGGCCGCAGCCGCGGCCUCGGCCGCGGCGGCGUCUGAGAAGGGCGCCGCGGACCUCGACCCAGACAUCGAGUUCGUCACUUUCGUGACCGGCGACCCGCAAAACCCACACAACUGGCCCCUGUGGCUCCGGUGGCUGUACACGAUCGUGCUCUCGAUCCUGGUCAUCUCGGUCGCGUACGGGUCCGCGUGCAUCACCGGCGGGCUCGGGACUGUCGAAAAGAAGUAUCACGUGAGCCAGGAAGUCGCGAUCCUGACCUGCUCGCUCAUGGUGAUCGGGUUCUCGCUCGGGCCCCUGCUGUGGUCGCCCGUGUCGGACCUGUACGGUCGCCGCGUCGCGUAUUUCGUGUCGCUCGGGCUUUACGUCAUCUUCAACAUCCCUUGCGCCAUCGCGCCCAACAUCGGGUGCCUGCUCGCGUGCCGGUUUCUAUGUGGUGUCUGGUCGUCGUCCGGGCUUUGUCUCGUCGGCGGCUCCAUCGCAGACAUGUUCCCGCCAGAAACCCGCGGACGCGCCAUCGCGUUCUUCGCGUACGCGCCGUACUGCGGGCCCGUCUUCGGGCCCUUGGUCAACGGCUUCAUCUCCGUGUCCACCGGCCGAAUGGACCUCAUCUUCUGGGUCAACAUGGCGUUUGCAGGCGCCAUGUGGCUCAUUGUGGCGUUCAUCCCAGAAACGUUCGCACCCGUGAUCCUGAAACGGCGCGCGGCGCGUCUGAGACGCGAGACCGGCAACCCCAAAAUCAUGACCGAACAAGAGGCGCAGGGCCUCUCGUUCGGCGAAAUGCUACGGACGACUCUGUUGAGACCGCUCUACUUCGCCAUCACAGAACCGGUGCUAGACCUCAUGUGCUUCUACGUGUGUCUCAUCUACUCGCUGCUGUACGCGUUCUUCUUCGCAUACCCGGUGAUCUUCGGCGAACUCUACGGCUACAAGGAUAACCUCAUCGGGCUGAUGUUCAUCCCGAUCCUGAUUGGCGCGUCGCUGGCGCUGGCCACUACGUCAUACUGCGAAAGCAAAUAUCUACAGAUCACGCACCGCCGGAACCCGACACCCGAGGACCGGUUGCUCGGGGCGAUGAUUGGCGCGCCGUUCGCGGCGAUCGCGCUAUGGAUCCUCGGCGCGACCGCGGAGAAGCACGUGAUCUGGGUCGGCCCCGCGUCGUCCGGGCUUGCGUUCGGAUACGGCAUGGUGCUGAUCUACUACUCGCUAAACAACUACAUCAUCGACUGCUACGCGAUGUUCGCGUCGAGCGCGCUGGCGACCAAGGUGUUUCUGCGGUCCGCGGGCGGCGCGGCGUUCCCGCUGUUCACCAGCCAGAUGUACCACCGGCUCGGGCUGCACUGGGCCAGUUGGCUGCUGGCGUUCAUCUCGACGGCGAUGAUCGCGAUCCCGUUUGCAUUCUACUACUACGGCAAGGCGCUGCGCGGACGGAUGUCGAAGAAGAACUACGCGUUCGACGGCAUGGAAUGA